UUUCCUUCGUUCUCUGUUAUUGUUAUUCUGCUACUGUUGUGAGAUAGUUCAUAAAUUAGUGAUAAGUUAAUUGAUGUAACCUUCUAUUUAAGGUGUUUGAUCUGCUGAAUAAAUUACUCCUUCAAUAUUCCAGCGUAUCAUCCUCUGAUAAAUUAUAACAGUGACAUCCUACUCCAAGCUCAUCGGAAGCAAAUCCUGCGUCGAAUUCUUUGCCAUCAACUCGACCUAACCACUCUCUCUCUCUCGAAUUUCGUUCGCACGCUUCUUCUCCUUGUUCACAUAGAAUUUACAAUCUCAUCAUCCAUGAACACCGAAUCAGACAAAGCUCGAGUCUUGAAGGAGUUCGGGGACGAUUAUGGUUAUCCAAAGGCUUCUAAGAACAUCGAUGAAAUAAGAGCCACCGAAUUUAAAAGAUUGGAUGGUACGGUGUAGUUGGAUCAUGCAGGAGCAUCUUUGUACUCUGAGUUGCAGAUGGAAGCGAUUCUUAAAGAUUUUACAACUAAUGCUUACGGAAAUCCCCAUAUGCACUCAGUCAAGGGGCUGUAGCCUUUGCAGUGGAUAUUGAAGAUGCUGCACAUGAUAGUGGAUCAACAAACCCUGCAUCUUCGCUUAAGGUUUUAUAGCACCAAAUGCAAAGGAGAAGUGAAGCUAGAGUAGUGGAAGAAGAGCUUAUUGGUGUGAGAUUCAACCUCGAUCGGGCGAAGGUUAUUAAGCAAGAUUCACAGAGAAUUUUGGAAGGCUCUCCAUAUUGCAAGGGGUGCUGGAUGGUUCUGAUUGAUGUUGCAAAAGGAUGUGCAACAGAACCACCAUAUUUAUCAAAGUACAAAGCAGAUUUUGUUGUCAUCUCUUUUUACAAGCUAUUUGGCUAUCCAACCGGACAUAGAGCCCUCCUUGUUUGAAAUGGUAAGCAGCUAAUGAAGGUUUGUACUUACAGAAAUAUGUUCUUGGUGUCUCACGCUAAGUAAUUGAUUUCCUUUCUUACUAACCACAGAAGCUGCCAAGUUACUAAAGAAAACUUUAGUGGAGGUUUGUGCUCAAGCCUAUUCUUUUCUAUGAAACAUAUCUUUGAGUGCAAUAUUACAUCGUUUAAAUGUUUCCAGGUACCGUGGCUGCAUCCAUUGCU